CUUUUGAGAAGCGCUCGGAUAAAGGUAGGUUUUUAUCUUGGAGUGAGACAGCUUUGCAUUCGUCCUCGUUCCUGCAUCUCAUUUCGCUGCACUCAGGAUGUCAUUUGACACCCUAGUGCAUGGCCGCACGGCUGAAACGACCACACCUCGAGGUGCGCAAGUAGAUGAGCUCGAACAAAACUUGAGGCGGAUCGAGAGUGACUUUAUCAUUGAUGCAUCAAGAUUGAAGCAGAUAGUGGCGAGGUUCCAGGAGGAACUCGAAGAUGGACUACAACGAGAUGAACAGAACAUUCCCAUGAAUGUUACCUGGGUCAUGGGAUGGCCAACGGGGCAGGAGACUGGAUCGUACCUCACUUUGGACCUCGGUGGCACGAAUUUACGAGUCUGCUGGAACGAGCUUCAUGGACGCGAGCAUGACGUCGAUGUCACUCAGGACCAGUACAAAAUUUCCGACGAUAUCAAAAGUGGCAACGCUGAACAGUUAUGGUCUUACAUCGCUGACUGCUUGGCGAAAUUCAUUGACAAGCACGAGCUUGGCAGUUCCAAUAAGGAGCCCAUUCCGUUUGGCUUCAAAUUCUCAUAUCCGGCUUCCCAGCAGUAUGUCGAUCACGGCAUCCUUCAAACAUGGACCAAAGGCCUUGAUAUUUCUGGUGUCGAGGGAGAAGAUGUGGCCGCUCAGCUAAAACAAGCUCUUAAGAAAAGAGACUUGCCCAUACGGCUGGUUGCGCUCAUCAACGACACCACAGGAGCAAUGAUCGCGUCAUCAUAUCACGAUUCGGAGACCAGGAUUGGGGCCAUCUUUGGUACGGGAUGCAAUGCCGCGUACAUGGAAGACGUUGGAUCAAUACCGAAACUCAAAAGGACCGAUCUACCUGCCGAUGGCCAAAUGGCUAUCAAUUGUGAGUAUGGGGCAUUCGAUAACGGCCACCAUAUUCUGCCACGGAACAAGUAUGAUCUCCAGAUCGACGAGGCUUCACCCAGGCCAGGAGAGCAGACAUUCGAGAAGCUCAGUGCAGGGCACUACAUGGGUGAAAUGUUCAGGCUCGCCAUUCUUGACCUAUAUGAGCAAGGCCUACUGUUCACGGGCCAAGACGGCGACAAGAUUAAAGAACCAUAUGUGCUCGAUACUGGCUUCCUUUCUCUCAUCGAGGAUGACGACUCCAGUGAACGCGCAGAGACACGGCAAGCAUUUCAAAAGCAACUCGAUAUUAACAUUUCGGACGAUGAGCUCAACCUCGCCAGACGCCUAGCCGAAGUAAUUGCUACUCGAGGAGCCAGGUUAUGUAGCUGCGGCGUUGCCGCGAUCUGUCGUAAGAAAGGCAUUACUUCCGGGCACAUUGCUGCCGAUGGGAGCGUGGCAAACAAGCAUCCAAAGUUCAAAGCUCGAUGGGCUCAAGCAAUGGCAGAAGUUCUUGACUGGCCUGAAGACCGCAAGGAAGACCCAAUCACUAUUACAAGCGCUGAGGAUGGAUCUGGGAUUGGGGCGGCUAUUAUUGCAGCGAUGACAGAUGCUCGAGCCAAGAGAGGUGAUGUUGUUGGUAUCCAGGAUAUAAAUACAAGGGGACUGUCGCAAGCGAACACGUGAGAGGAGCAAUUCCUGGUAUUUUUGCGCUGGCAUAAGUAAGAGGAUCCGAUGGCUGGCAGCAAAUUGCAUAUUGAACAUGGAGGAUUUUCAGGGUAGUUCUGCUAUUCCAUGAGUCACAAUGGUGUCAAUACUUUAUAUAGUGUCGUAGAGCGUGAAGUAGAAGAGAGGAAGUGAAGCGUUAAAGGUGGGUCUUCAU